CUUAGGCACCGAACUACGAUAAUUUUAAUAAAAAAAUGUUUCCUGCCGAUAUUAAGUAUAAAGAUUAUAUUCAAGAAAUAUACAACACAUUUUCUCCGUUGAGCUGGCUUCUGAAGAUAUUUUCAUUAGAUUGUCAUUGUCCUAAAGAUACAACACAGCUUGCACCGUCCCACUUGGUCAAAAUUAGGAGCGCCAUAACAGUAGCCGUUCUUGCUUGUAUUAAUUUCUUCACUCUUUAUUACAAAUUCACUUACUCUUACCAUGAUCUUUUAAAAUCGGUUAAGUAUACUGAUGUGGUUCAAAUGGUUUACGAUCUUUUCCAAUACAUGGUCGAUUUAUAUUUCGUGUACAAGUAUGGUUCGGACGUGUUCUACGAAUACAUAAGGCAAUAUGCUUAUAUAGACGGGAUGCUCGGAAUGGAAUACUACAGUAGAAUAAAAAGACGGCUGAUCAUAGCGAUGAUUUUCAUUAUUUCCAUGUGGAUCUCGAGCUCUUUAUGUGAUUAUAUCAUCUGGGCCAUCGGUUUUGGAUUGGUCGCCACGUCUAGUUUCUCUUUGGCUUACAUCUACAUGUUGAUAAAGAUCCUUACGAAUUUGCAUCUAACUCUGCAUGUGAUGCACAUCGGGAGCAGGCUGCGUGUUAUUGGAGACUGGGUCCAAGAGUGCUAUUGUACUUCUUUAAGUUGCUCGCCGAAAAUUGAAGACACUGUCAUGAAGAAGAAUUGGUUCUACUCUCAUAAAACUAAGACGUCGACAUCCAAGUUGUACCCUUCAAAGAGUGCUACGUGCAUGAACUGUUCCGAAGUGAAAUUGUUGAGCAGAUGUUAUUUGUUGCUGACGGAGCAAGUCAAUUUUAUCAAUAAAAUCUUUGGAAUGAGGAUAUUAUUAAAUUGUCUAAGUUUACUUAUUGACAUGGUGAGAUUCACUAAUUUGACUGUAAGGGUCAUAAUGGGAACACAGCACACAGGCUACGCUCACGCUUUCUACCCAGCCAUAUCAACAUUUUGGCGAUCGCUCACUUGCGCCAUAGUGAUAGUAAGCCUUGUGAACCAUUGUGAAAAUACUUACAGACAAAGAGAGAGGGUUAUUUCUCUGGUUGAACAUCUUAUUAUCAACAGAAAUCUAGACGAGAAGAUGCUAGCAGCGUACAUUGAAUUCCGCGGCUUGGUUAAGUCGCAACCAAUCGACUUUCACAUGGCGAACUUCAUGCGACUCGAUUACUCGCUUCUGGUUUCAAUCACCUCAGUUUUCGUCACCUACACCAUCAUACUGCUACAGAGUAUUUGAACAGGUAUUCCGGGUGGCUUCUGAAAUGUUUUUGUGCCGCUUGUG